AUGCUCAGAUGCACCCCACCCUUCAGGAGGUUGCAACUCCUCGCGCGGCAGGGUGCAUGGUGGCAAGUGCUGGCAGAACUGCAGGAAUGGCCAUCUCGCGGCUGCACGCCAGAUGUCGUCGCUCUCUCCGUUGGGAUCACGGCCUGCGCCAGGGCGGCAAAGUGGCAAGAUGCGAUUGGUCUGGUGUCUGCGAUGUCAAAGAUGGGUGUGAGGCCAAACACCGUGGCUUACAACAGCAUGCUUGCAGCAUGCAGCACGGGUCAAGCGUGGGAGAUGGCUCUGGGCUGCCUGCAGCACAUGACGCAUCUUGGCCUUGCCGACGUCAUCAGCCUCAACUCUGUCCUGCAUGGCUUGGCCGGAGGCCUCCAGUGGCUUCGCGCUCUGCACCUUCUUCAGGAUGCUGCGGCAGAGCUUUCGCCAAGCAAACUGGAUGCUUUUACCUUCAAUGCAGCAAUGAAUGCCUGUCGCCUGCAAUGGGUCCAGUCGCUGGCGCUGCUACAAGUCAUGCUGCAAGCCAGAUUGCUACCCGAUGUGGUCACUUGCAGCAGCCUGGUCAGUUCCUGCACAUCCUGCAGCCACUGGGCCAGGGCCCUUACGGUCUACUACGACAUUCUACAAGUGCUGCCAGAAGGCAGGUAUAGCUUGAAGCUCGGUCCUAGUGGAGUCGUUUCUGCCGUGUCCAGGAACUUAAUGAUUCAGGCCUCCACACUGUGCGGCCAGCUGAAUGGAAAGCUCCCUUCUGCGGUCGCAAAGUUUGCCUUGGGCAUCCUCGUGCUGACACCCCUGAUCCUGCUCGUUCCUUUGGCGGCUAUUGAGCUCUUGGCAUAUGGCCUGCUGCUUAUAGUCCUUGCCGCGGCCGUCUCAGCCUUGACAUGGUGGCCGCCGGCACCAGCGAGCACUGAGAAGGUGAAGAUUAUGAGAGCCCCCGGCAGCCUAGCUGGGCGGCUCCGCUCUGCACGUGCAGGCGGCGAGCACCGUCGCAUGGCUGCCGUGCUGCGUGAGGACAGCGACGAGCUGGAAGCCGAGGAACUCGCCGAGGAGGUUGGUUCCAUCGUCGGGGCCUUCGUCGCCACGCGAACAGACAACGAGCUCAGGGAAGAGUUCAACAAUCUUGAGGAGUGGUACAGGCAGAUGGGGCCUGAAGAGGGACCUUUUCCCGUCCCGUACUGGGAGGUUGUGGUUCGAGUGCUUUGGCGUGGCUACAUCUACGACUACAUGAACCAGCGACCCAGAAGCAUUGUGGAUCUGGGGAGAGAAGAUGCAGGUGUUGUCACGUAUCGCAAUCAGGCCACUUUUGUCUCCGCGGGCUUGACCUUUGCAGAGGCCUUCGAGAGAACGGGCAGGACGUUCACCAUCACUUGCACGCCGACUUGCGGUGGGCCUCUCCUUCUACUCAACAGGCACACAGCGCCGAACAUGCUCAUUGCCUCGGCAGUUUGCGCUUCGUCAUCAAUGCCGAUGCUAGUGCAGGCCGUGCGGCUUCUGGAGAAGGGCCCGGAUGGAAGCGUGCGACCUUGGCCAGGUGUCGCGUCGCUGGUGCGCGACGGGACGAUGAUGGCCGACUCUCCUUGCCACGAGCUUGCGGAGAUGCUGAACAUGCGGUGGUCCAUUGUUUCUCAGGUGAAUCCACACGCGGUGCCACUGUCGUUGCCCCUUUUGCUGGCCGGUCGCCUUAGGCGCAGCUCCAGUGCUUGGGCAAGCGCAAGCAUGGCUGCUGCCGAGCCUUUGCUCCGCAGGCACUCUGGACAACAACCUGGGGAGGACUACUUCGGAGAUGUGCCCUUGCUGCAUGGAGCUGAAGUAUUUUUGCCAGCCGAGCCAAGUUGCACUUCCUGCUUUACACGGCUCGGUCGGAAAGCAUUUUGGCAUCAAGCACUCAA